CUUUGUAGGACUUCCAUUUGUCUCAGCAGUUAAUGCAGGAUCAGCGCCACACUUGCCAGUACUCCUGAAGGAACAGCUCCCAUUGCAUUGGGUUGUACUUCUAGAUCACACCAUCUCUGCAUGCCAGGAGGCCAGUGUGACAUGUAUGAGUGACUGCCAGUGAAUCUGCUAUGGUGCCAAGGUUUGCUUAUUCCAUGGGAUGCUGGUUAUCAUAUUGUUAGUUCAUGAUUUCAUUUGCUUGUUAUUUCCAUGGAAAUCAGAGCAGUAUGCUAGUUUUCUAGCUUUUCCAAUACCUGCAUUUGGAAGCCUCGUAUAUAUGUGUCUACUUCACCAUUUAACGUUCUCCUCAUGCAACUUAGAAGGUUUUAAUUGGAAAGAAGAGUGGGGAUAUUGUUUGGGAGAGAGUAUGAGGAGAGAUCAUAUGAGGACUCAGUCAGAAGUUUGCUGUCUGCAAGUCAAGAAGGAAGGGCACACUAGAAACCAAGUCCUGUGGGAUCUUGAUCUUGAACUUUCCCGACUCCAGAACUCUCAUCUGCUUUUAUGAAACCUGACUUAUAAAUGGCUGAAUACUACAACAUUCCUCACUUUCAUCCUAUCUGCCACAUCUGUCAUUUGCUUCUGAAGAGUACUUCGUCAAUCAGAGAUGCAGGACUAUCCACUGGUGGCCAUCUGUGUUCAAACGUGGGACUGGGAAAUGGAAUGAAAAUAUUUGUAAAUGUACAGAUUUGCUGUGAUGGCAGUCAGAUCUAAGCAUCCUCUGAAUUCAGGAAGUACCUGUUGAAAUCCUUUAAGAUGUUUGUUUCCAGAAGACUGCAGAAGUUAAAUCAAGAUAUUUGCAGAGGAAUGAUUGACAGCUUGUGGGUAGACCAGAGAACAUUCUUCCCACCAUAACAGAGAGAAAAGUGGUAGUAUAAAAGCUCACAGGACAUGGCUGAACCUUAGCAAUGGCUGAUGGGAAAAGGAGGCUCCAGAAGAACAGUGUGAUGCCCUUUUCAGGAAAAUUUGGAACCAGGUCGUCAACAACAUCUUGAGACCCAAUGUGGAAGGGUAGACUUUGAGAUUAUUAUCAAAGUCCUGGUAAAUCAGCAUCUGUUUGUCUAAAGUUAGUCAAUGCAAUGGGCAAAAAAAGCACACCGUGGGUGUGGUUUCUUCUUUUAAUAAGAACCUUUGAAGGAAACUGACAAAAUCAUUGGUUUGCAAGGCUGGCAACAGAUCACUCCCUCUAACAACACAAAGAAAGGAAAAGCAAGGUGCUCCCCAAGGAUUAAAUAAGCUGAACAAGCCCCAGUUGUUCCGAUGCUAAUUAAAGUUUGAGGACAAGCACCCCAUGGGACAGAAUGAAAAUCCAAUAAGCCACAAGAAGGCAGUGCUCUUUUAAGUACUUUGCAGGGAAAAGAAUGCUCCAGCUCCAAGUUUCUAUCUGGUUGUUGGUGGAUCUGUAACAUCCACGGCUGGUUCCCAGGACCCCCCACCCCGAGAUUCUCUGAGGAACAUCUGUUUUUGCAGUGACCAACUAAAAUAUUGCAUUUCCCAAACUCCCUAGCAUAUAGGGGUGGCCAUGUGACAUAUUCAAUGAAGCAUAACUCCCAGUCUUUGGACCACUGACACCUGUAGAAAGGCCCUGAUCCAGACCUGCUGAGUCACAACCUGCAUUUGCAAGAUCCUUGGACUCUCUGCUUGCAGAUUCUGCAGAGAAGACUGGAGUUACACCAUGGGGACACUGCUGUCUACCUUCAAAUUGACACCAAGAGCCUCAGAGGUGACGAGAUGUCCUUGUAACCUAGCAGGGGUCAGAACCACAUGCAAGGAACCACUCUGGGAGCUUUAUGAGUAGGCCCCACCUCUCAACACCACCACACUGACUGAGGACCAAGCUUCCAACACAUGAGCCUUUACGGAACACUCUAACCAUAGCCAAACCACCACAGGCGAUAAAGGUUGACUACAUUGCUUGGCUGUUGGCCCCUUUUGGGUCCUGUGUCUCUGACCCUUUUUGCACCAUCACUUCUCUCUCUAACCAAUGACAACUGGGAGAAUCCUCUGCUGUCAAGAACUCCUGACUGUGCUAAAUGUCUCCUUCAACGCAAAUGGCAUUAAGUGCCUUGUGCAUGAAGAGGAUGUGGGCAGGCACUGGCUGAGAUGAAUCGUAACUCCCUUGUCUAUGAAAUGAGAAUAUAAAAGUCUACCUCCUGUGAGAACUAAAGGCAACGGGACAAAUGAAGAGGCUAAACACAACCACACAGAUCGAAGACAUCAUCACAAAGAUGCAAGAUGACAAGACAGGGGGUGUGCCCAUCAGAACAGUCAAGAGCUUUCUCUCCAAAAUCCCCAGUGUCGUCACAGGUACUGACAUUGUGCAGUGGCUUAUGAAGAACCUUUCCAUAGAGGACCCAGUUGAAGCAAUACACUUGGGAAGCCUUAUAGCCGCCCAGGGCUACAUCUUUCCGAUCUCAGAUCAUGUUCUCACCAUGAAGGAUGAUGGCACCUUUUAUCGUUUCCAGGCUCCUUACUUCUGGCCUUCAAACUGCUGGGAACCUGAAAACACUGACUAUGCCAUCUAUCUCUGUAAGAGGACCAUGCAGAAUAAAGCAAGGCUGGAACUGGCGGAUUAUGAAGCAGAAAACUUAGCAAGACUCCAGAGAGCCUUUGCAAGGAAAUGGGAAUUCAUCUUUAUGCAAGCAGAAGCACAAGUAAAGAUUGAUCGAAAAAAGGACAAGACAGAAAGGAAAAUAUUGGAUAGUCAAGAACGGGCCUUUUGGGAUGUCCACAGGCCAGUGCCAGGCUGUGUGAACACAACGGAAAUGGAUAUUAGAAAAUGUCGACGUUUGAAGAAUCCACAAAAGGUUAAAAAGUCAGUGUAUGGCGUGACUGAGGAAUCCCAGAGCCCUGUGCACAUACCCAGCCAGCCAAUCAGGAGAACAACAAAAGACGACAUCCGGAAACAGAUAACAUUUUUGAAUGCACAGAUUGACAGACACUGUUUGAAAAUGUCCAAAGUGGCUGAAAGUUUAAUUGCUUACACGGAACAGUACGUGGAAUACGAUCCUUUCAUUACGCCAGCAGAACCAUCUAACCCUUGGAUCAGCGAUGACAUCACUCUAUGGGACAUAGAGAUGAGCAAAGAGCCCAGCCAGCAGCGAGUAAAAAGAUGGGGCUUCUCUUUUGACGAGAUUUUGAAGGACCAGGUGGGGCGGGACCAGUUCCUUCGAUUCCUGGAGUCGGAAUUCAGUUCAGAAAACCUCAGGUUCUGGCUGGCUGUUCAAGAUCUAAAGAAACAACCCCUCCAGGAUGUGGCUAGAAGGGUGGAAGAAAUCUGGCAAGAGUUUCUGGCUCCAGGAGCCCCAAGUGCAAUCAACCUGGAUUCUCACAGCUAUGAGAUCACCAGUCAGAAUGUCAAAGAUGGAGGGAGACACACAUUUGAAGAUGCCCAGGAGCACAUCUACAAGCUGAUGAAAAGUGACAGCUAUGCCCGCUUCCUCCGGUCCAAUGCUUACCAGGACCUGCUGCUGGCCAAGAAAAAGCCAGAAAGUGAGCAAGGUCGUAGAACUUCCCUAGAAAAGUUCACUCGCAGUGUGAGUCUGAGUGGACAAGCUGACACCAAGUCAUCUCAACAAGGCCAGGAGAAGAACACACUCCCAGAGGCCUCAGACCAAAGAUGAACUGCCCACGCUGUUCUCCCAU